CGUCGAAUUUAAUUGCUUGUGGGACCUUGAAUUAAAUUCGACUGUAGCGCGACGUAUAAACUAGGCCUAAAAGAUCGUCUUCAUCAACGUCACCGUCGCACGUGGUGUUGUCGCUUUCAUUGUGGGCAGUUUUCUGCCGCUUGCUAGUGUCGGCUAGCAGGCCAUCUGCAUCCGACGAUUGCCCUGGUUCAGGGCUAUACGUCGUUUGGGAUUUUCGCUUGUUGGCAGGUUCUGCCGUUUUGGGGGUCGAAGUUUCCCCAUCAUGUAUCCGCUUGAUCGAUUCGCCCAUUGAGGCCAUGUUUUUGUUUAGUUGCUGAAGGACGGCCAGAAGAGUCGAAGUUGACUCCAUAGGUACCUCAGCGAUUAUAUCAGAAUCUUCACUUAAUAACUCUCGUUCAGCGUCGUUAUCCUCGUGUCCGCUCAUUCUAGGAGAAAAAAAAUUUUUGCGUCGUUCGACAACACGACUGACUCUCGAACUGAUUGCUCAGGUUCCCGGGCUCUAUCUCACGUGACUUACUAGUGACCUAGACCAAUGAGGAAAUAGAAUCACCGCUUGUUACCGAAGCUCUUUGACGUGAUUGGAAGCAAAAGUUAAGUACUGGCACAUGGAGCUAUUUGAAAGUUAUCAUGAACGUCUUAUGCGUUAAGACUAACUAAAGAAUGAGAAAAUCGUGGAAAGAAACAAAACCCAAGGACAAAUGUGAGGAGCGUGUUGGAUCAGAAGAUCACAGGCAUGAUUUCACCGGAGAUGAAAUCCAGCGAACUCGAGCCAAGCUGUUGACCUGGUACGACAAGAAUCGCAGAAAGCUUCCCUGGAGAGAUUUGGCGUCUCAGGCUGAUCCAAACAGGCGUGCAUAUGCUGUGUGGGUCUCUGAAGUUAUGCUGCAACAAACACAGGUCGCCACCGUAAAGGAGUAUUACAUUCGCUGGAUGAAGAAAUGGCCGACUGUUGAACAUUUGUCGCGUGCGAGUUUGGAAGAAGUGAACGAGAUGUGGUCGGGGCUUGGUUACUAUUCGCGGGCAAAGAGACUCCACGAUGGAGCUAAAAAGGUUGUAGAGGAAAUGAAAGGAAACAUACCAUCGACAGCAUCUGAACUACUGAAGCAGCUACCUGGUGUUGGUAGAUACACUGCAGGUGCCAUUGCUUCCAUUUCGUUUGGUGAGUGCACUGGAAUAGUUGAUGGGAAUGUGAUACGAGUUUUAUCAAGGCUUUGUGGUAUUGGUGCUGUAAGUUCCAGUACUCAAGCUGAGCACAAAUUUUGGGAGCUUGCUCAUAAACUUGUUCCUGAAGACAGACCGGGAGAGUUUAAUCAGGCUUUAAUGGAAUUUGGAGCCACAUUAUGUAUGCCUCAGGCUCCUCAGUGUCAUGUAUGCCCUCUGCAAAAGGAUUGUAGUGCUUUGAAGCAAGUAGUAAAACAAGAUACUCCAGUAUCUAUUCUGCACAGAGGAAAAGGAGGAGAAUCCAGCAAUAUUGUAAAAGGUGAUAAACAUGUUGACAUUGAAGAAUGUACCCUUUGCCUACCAUCUUCACUGUGGAAGCCCUCCCUUGGUGUUUGUAAUUACCCACAGAAACCUAAACGGAAACAACCAAAAGAGGAGACUUUGGCUGUUGUUGUACUUAAAUGUAAUUUAGAGGGGGGAUCUCACUUUCUCUUAACUCAGAGACCUGAAACAGGACUUUUAGCAGGCCUUUGGGAUUUCCCUAAUGUUGCUGUAGAAUCAAAUAAAUCCGAUGCUUACAUGUUUACUUCACUGUGCAAUUUCUUGGAACACAAACUGGGUAUCACUCUGGAACAGAGGACUCCACAAAGAAUAGCAGACGUUUCUCAUAAAUUCUCACAUGUUCAUCACAAGUACAUCGUGUUUGUAUACGAGCACCCUGAAAUCAAGAAUUUGCCUCAAACCUCUCAAGAAAAAAGCAAAAUAAGGUGGAUAACAAGAGAUGACCUAGAUACUGCAGCUCUUUCUACAGCUAUGAGGAAAAUUUUCACUGCCUUUGAAAAUCAUAAUAGUAAUGAGUAUGAAAAACAAGCCAAAGUGGACAGGAAAAGAAAGAGGGAAAAUUCUUAUGAUGGGAGAAAACAGAUGGUGCUGGACAGAUUUUUCAAGUCAAAGGACCAACAAGAGUAUGAAGUUGUUGGGUUGUGAGGCAUUUUUACCUGUCAGGAGUGUAUGUUUGCUCCAGACUCAGUUUACAUUUGUGUAGUUCCUUCCAUAGAAACACAGUAAAUGUCGCACAUACAUCGUAGUGAAGGUGCGCGUAGGCUUAUAAUAAAUGACUGUUGCUAAGGUAGCUUGAGGAGGCAUGUAUUUUUUAAGGGGCCCAGUUGGUUAGAAGAUUUCACCAUUCAUAAAAGUUCUGAAGUUUAGAACCCCCCAAUGAAUACUCUCAACUCCUUAUAACUUGAACCCACGCUAAGUCGUACCUUGUGCCAAAAAAAGGAGACAAACAAACAGGUUGGAGGGUGGUAUAAACAGUUGGUUGGAGGUCAGAAUUGCACUAGAGUGUGAAGGAACUCAAACGUGCUCUUGUUCUUUUCACAAAAGUGCCAAGAAAAACGUUGGGAUGUUGAACUUGCAAGAGUUAUUUUUUGGCAUGGGUUGGUUAAGUCAGGACUGUGGCUGAUUUUCAUUUUUGUAAAAGAAAAAAAUAGGCACUGAGAGGUGCAUAUGCCUACUGCUUAAACUUAGAAUAGAAAUAGUGAUAUAUGUGGUGUAGUGCUUAGUUAAUGAGUUGUCAUAGAUAUUUCAAGUUAUGAAAAUAUUUGCAAUGUGAGCCUCAUUUGAAUAACCCAUGCUUGAUGCCGGUCAAUUCUAACAUGGCAUCUAAACUUUUAAGAAAAUUUUCUAUAUUUGGUUUUGUUUUCAUUUACCUCGAGACAAACAAUUAAGCAAAAGAUUUAUUUUGCCUCAAAGUCAUGCUAGAAUCUUGAUUCAUCAAAUUUGGGCUACCUUUAACCAAUUGCUUGAGACUGUAGGGGAUUUGAAUAAUUAUUACUGUACAUGCAGGUGUUUCUGAUGUAAUGAUAACAAAAGCGCUGGGCACCAAAUUUGUGUAAAACUGUCAUUUAGUACAGUUGCUUUAAUCACUCUAAUGAACUGAUACACUCUGAUGAAAGUGAUUACAGGGUUCGUACAGGUCAUGGAAUUUCAAAAUUUCAUUUUCCAGGCCUGGAAAGUCAUGAAAUUUAGGUAUGGGUCA